GGACAUCUACCUUACUGUGUCUCUUGGAUCCACAUCUACUACUUCACUGGGAGAGGAUGUGGGCUCUUAAAUGCUAUAAGUGUGAGUGCUGUGGGAGUGAUUUUGUCAGCUGCAAGGCUCUGAAGUAUCACUUUCGACAGAAGCAUUUUGGAAAAGUUCACUGCGAAGAAUGUGGCCGCGAAGUCCCAAGGGAAAGACUGCAGCAUCACAAUGAGUCUGUACAUGAGAGGUCAACCAUGCAGACACACAAGCUCAGCUGGGAAAAUCUAGAAGAAAGGAAUAUAAAGCAUAUGGCUACAGAAAUAUCAAAAACCUGUAGGAUGUGUUCAAGGCGCUUUGGAACAAUCCUUAGUCGGGAGAACCAUGAACUACAGGAGCAUCGAUUCACAGCCGGUAAAAGAGCCCGAAUGUCUAUAGGAUUUUCACCUCAUCAUAUGUUGGAGUGUAAGAGUCCCCAAGAGCUACAGAGAUUUGCAGAUGAAAAUAUCCGCCCAGCCUCAGGUCCUCGGAACGCUGCCUGUGUGGCUGAGAUCGGGGCCCUGCUCACGAGGAUCCAGGCUUGCUUUCCAGUGCCGACCUCCCGAGUGAUCCAGGGUGGUUCUUACAUAAAGGGGACUGAUACUCAAGGAUGCUCUGAGAUUGACAUCGUGUUGUUCAGUGAUGUGUUUGCCGGUGUGAACCAUUGCAAGAAACAACUGACAGAAGGGUUGGACGCUCUGAGAGAAAACUUGAAGCAAACUUCACAUGGAAACAGGAUCCUAAUGGGAAAGAGAGCACCAUUGUGUUUAAGAUUCAGUUUUGUAUGUACGGAAGGUCUUCACAGUCAUUCCUUUGAGAUCAUGGCCUACUGUGACAUCCUGGGGCCUGCCCCCUCCACAGAUUUAAAACUUCACCUUUAUCGCAGACUGUACCUCUGUGAUGACAGUGACAUGGCGCAGCUGUGUGCCUUGGCCCUCUUGCCAUACCAAGUGGAUUUUGUCAAGGCAUCUGUGGCAAGGGUGAAGGAGCUCACUCGUUUAAUGAUACAUUGGUUCAAGACAUCAUUUGCCAACUCCACAGAGGAAAAUAAGUUCCGGAGACUUCCCUCCUCUUACACCGUGGAGCUCCUCACCAUUCACAUCUGGGAACUGGCGGGAAAGCCGCUGCUCUUCAGCCUGGUGCAGGGAAUGAGGGCAGUCCUCAAGCUUCUGGUUCGAUACGCAGAAAUCGAGGUUGUUUGGCACAGACACUACCACCACAAGUUUCCCAUUUUUGUAAAGGUGAAGCAGAAACACACAAGGCCAUUCAUUUUAGACCCUGCCAAUCCUACUGUCAACGUUUGUGACACAUGCAAUGCCUGGGAUGAAGUUGCCCUUGUGGCGAGACAUAGCCUAUUGAAACCUCUUUUCAGCGGAGUGAGAGCUGAGCCCCCUUGGCUUUUCACAGACGACUGGUAAACUGGACAAGGAGCUACUAUCCUUGGAUUUCCAUGAAGAAAAUAAAAAGGACGCUGAACACAUUCCCAGUUAGAGUGCUCUGGAGGACAGUCUGUAUGAUUGUCUCACUCUAAGUCACGACAUUAGUGACCCAGUCUUUAACAAACAUAUUGAUGUGACUUAUCAUUUAAGAUAAAAGAAUCCAUUUCAGCCUUCAGGAGAAUUGAACCAUCCUCUCCCAUUUUUUGGAUUUAUUUGCUU